GAGCGCGGCGGCGGCGGGGCCGGAGGGUGGGCGUUGGCUGGCCGGCUGGCUGGCGCGAGAUGGCGGCGGCGGCCUUGUACCUGGAGCACUACCUGGACAGCAUUGAAAACCUCCCUUGUGAGUUGCAAAGGAACUUCCAACUUAUGCGUGAGCUGGAUCAGAGAACAGAAGACAAGAAAGCAGAAAUCGACAGUCUUGCUGCUCAGUACAUUUCAACAGUGAGGAGUUUGUCAUCAGAGCAACGGGUGGAAAUCCUGCAGAAGAUUCAGAAUGCCUACGCAAGAUGCAAAGAGUACAGUGAUGACAAAGUGCAGCUGGCCAUGCAGACCUAUGAGAUGGUAGAUAAGCACAUUCGACGGCUGGAUGCUGACCUGGCACGAUUUGAAGCUGAUCUGAAGGAUAAGUUGGAAGGCAGUGACUUUGAAAACCCUGCAACGCAAAACCUAAAAAAGGGGCGAACUCCAAAGGAUAAGAAAAGCUCUCGGGGUCGGGGCCGGCGAACAUCCGAAGAAGAUGUCCCAGUAAAAAAGAAACCAAAACGAAGGUCUGAAUUAGCUGAUACCAUCCUGUCGGUUCAUCCUUCAGAUGUCCUAGAUAUGCCGGUGGAUCCCAACGAACCAACGUAUUGUUUGUGUCACCAAGUAUCCUAUGGAGAAAUGAUCGGCUGCGACAAUCCUGAUUGCCCAAUCGAAUGGUUCCAUUUUGCUUGUGUGGACCUCACCACGAAACCCAAAGGGAAAUGGUUUUGUCCUCGCUGUGCUCAGGAGAAGAAAAAGAAGUAGAAUGGGAAUGUACAGUCCGAAA